UAAUUUAACCGCGACUCUCUCGACAAUCGGGCCCGCUCAUUCUGUCAUCAUCCGCCGCGACGUGCGCGAGUUUGUCGUCACGACGUCGUCGUCUGCGAUCACUCGCAUCAUUGGCAUUCGUCGACUUCCCAAGCUUACAACACCUUGCUUCGUUUCGAUCACAAUGGCAAAAGCAACAGCGUUAUGUCUGCUCGUGAUAUACUUGGCCACAGCGUUCGCCGUGAACGAACCCGAAGAGCUGCAAGAACAAGAGUGUCCUGAAGAUUGCCAUUGUUACUACUUUCGCAUCAACUGGGUGACGGACUGCUCGGACAGCAACUUGACGACCAUUCCUUACGACGAGCUCAGUCUCAAUGUUUACAUUUUAGAUGUAAAUGAUAAUAAUAUCGCACAUGUCGGUCCGUUUCCAAGCGCGAUUCACAUGAGACGUCUCCAAAUGGCACACAACCUAUUAACCGAGCUGAAGUAUGAAUCUUUCGCCGGAUUAACGUACCUCUUGGAUGCUGAUUUUUCGUACAACGCCAUUACACGAGUGGAUCCUGAAGCAUUUCGGGACAGUCCGGGUUUAAUUACGCUGGAGCUCCAACACAAUCCUCUGGACGAGGUUGAGGGACCGUUUUUGCAUUGUCGCACACUGUUGUAUCUUGAUCUGAAUUCAUGCGGUAUCCGUCAUCUCAACUCGCAUUUCUUCGAUAACACGCUAAACUUGAACACGCUUGAUCUGUCGCAUAAUCCGUUGCAACGAAUAGAACCGGGUCCCUUCUUUCAUAUGACUAGUUUGGAACACCUCAAACUUAACGGAUGCAAUUUAACUUACAUAUCCUCUGAAGCUUUCUCCCACUUGGAGAAUUUGCGGGAAUUAGAGCUGGCAUACAACGAGCUGAAGAUAUUAAAUUGGAGAAACGUUCUUAGGCCGUUGGUGCGCUUAGAACAUCUAAAUAUUCGUCAUACCGGUAUCACGAGUUUACCGGGUGACGCUUUCGCAGAGAACUUGUAUCUUCGAGAAUUGAGUCUCGCGGACAAUGAACUGGGACAUCUGGAUAUCGAAGAAACGCUCGGUCACAACUUGCACAGCCUUCAGUCUCUGGACUUGUCAAAUUGCAAUUUACAGGAUCGCUUGUCCGAGGAAGCUUUCAGAAAUGCAAGUGUACUGCGUGUACUGAAUCUAAGCGGGAAUCCGAUGUUCGCCAGCGAUCUGACCGCUGUUCUCCGCCAUUUGCCAAAACUUCACAAGCUGUCUCUCAGCAAUUGUAAUCUUCGAAGAUUGCCGAAUGCCUUUCAUUUGCUGGAACAUCUCGAAGAACUCGAUAUUUCACACAAUCCUCUGAACGACGCGUUUAUCAGACUUUUGAAUCCUUUAAAAUCUCUGGAAUAUUUGGACAUGUCUUAUUGCAAUCUCGGUCACGUGGGAAGUCAAACUUUCGCACAGAUGACUUUUCUAAAGAAAUUGAUUCUUUCGGGUAACGAAAUUUAUACUUUGGAAGAAGGACUGUUCGCGAAUCUGACGAGUUUGCAGAGCCUCGAACUCAACAACUGUGACCUCACAACACCCAUCGAUCCAAAGGUAUUCGGCGAUCGUCAAUCGACAAACAUAAUGGAACUCAAACUUAGUGGCAAUCCGCUGGUGAUACCCGACGAAGGCUCGUUGCUGCCGGCACAACUGUCCAAUCUGGAAGUCCUAGAUCUCAGCAACUGCAACAUCUUACAUUUGAACGAGAACAUAUUUUCCACGACGGGCAAUCUUACUCAAUUGAAUCUUUCGGGAAAUUCGAUUUCCGGCAUGGAAAAUCUGAAUUUUCUGAAAAAACUGCACGGAUUGGAACACUUGGAUCUGAGUUAUAAUCAAUUGCGCACAAUUCAUCCGAGAAUAUUCAAGAUGAAUCCGCAUUUACAAUCGAUCAAUUUGUUAGGUAAUCCGUUUAUGUGCAAUUGCUCGAUUGUGGAGACUUGGAAUUGGGCAGUGCAGGAGAAAGGCGAUCUUCACGUGCUCGUUGGCAGUCAAUCGGCCAAUUUCGAAACUGGUUCCGAAAAACGAAGGAAGACUCUCUCAUGCGCGUACGACGAGGAAACUUAUCGGACCAUGAUAGAGAGUUUGAAAAACGAUGGAAACGAGGCAAAUCGCAAAUACUAUCUCGCUUCUCGCACUUGGGCUAAAUAUGUUCGAGAAUCCAGUUGUAACAGGCGUUUGUGAUACGCGGGGAGCAACCGUAAACACCCGAUGCUGAAUCUCUAUCAUAAAAUACGUAAACAAGAACUUUAAUUGAGUUCUACAUUACUGAAAUAAUAUGCGUCGUCAUAUCGUGCAAGCCAUAAAGUGUAAACAUGUAUAACAUUAUAAAAUUCAUACAUAUAUUUCCGUGGCAUUAUUUUUGUAGUCUUAGGAUUAAGAAGUAAGUUAUAAUCGAAAAAAAAAAAAAAAAAAAAAAACUAUUCUGAAGUAUAUAUGUCCACACAUUUUAAGAUGUUAUUAAACUCGGAAAUACUCGGUUUUUUAUAUGUAUAUACGUUCUAUUUUGUACAUAGUAUUACAUAUUAUAUAUAAAAUAAUAAUUUUUUGCCGAUCAAAUGUUUCUAAAAGUAUCUAAUGUAAUAAAAUAACAUUCUCUUAUAAACUAAUGUUAUAUGAAUCUUCUAUUAUAAAAUAUAUUUUCUAUUAUAAAAUCUUACUAUAAAUGUAACUUGAAAGGAAAUCAGAAAUACUUGAGAUCAAAUCUUCAUCUCUCUCAUCGCCGUACAUAUUCCUAUGAUUGAAAUAGAAUUUUGUUUAGUAUUGAAUAAAUAAAGUUAGUAUCUUUUACUUUUAUAUAUUAAUCACGUAAUAUAGACUCGUGCAAAUAUUUUACAAUUACAAUUUGUUAUAGACACUUGUUGUUUGGAAGUUUUUAUUAUUUUGUUCCACAUUUUAAAUAAUUUACAAAUUGCGUAUUAUUUUUCUAUAAGAUACUGUAUCAAACACCAUAAUUAUUAAAGUAUCUGCAAUUGUUGUGAUAAAAUGAAUGAAUGUAAUUAAUUAACGCAAUAUUCUAAUUUGUAUAAAAAGAAAGGGUUAUUUUUAUAAUAUAAUAUGUAAUAAUAUAACUAAUAUAUGAUGUAGUACGUAAUGUUUACGGCAUAAAACGGAGUUUGAAUUAAACAAUUUAAUUAAAUGUUAAUCCAUUUUUGUUACUGAAACGCGAUAUUUUUCAUUGGUUACAUGUAAUUUUUGCCGUUUUAUAUUCAGCAAAUAACGUAAUAACAAAAUUUAAUAUAAUACAUAAAAAAAAUUUUCUAGAAGAAUCAAAUUUGAACUGUAGUUGGAUUUUACGAUCACAAUUCCGUGUAGUUGCAUGCUGGCACACAUACACACACAUAUACACGUAUGAGUAAAAUUGCGCAUCGCAUCUAAUAGCGCGCAAGUGUGUUUGUGCGUGGCCAUGAACACUAAAUGAUCUCCCCCUAUUUAAACUUUACAAUAGCUACGGAAAAUGUCUCAUUAUCGUCGAAAGCACAUGUGCAGUUUAUUUAUAGUUUAAUUUGAUUUCGUCUUUAAUUCGCUGUUAGAUUACUUCACGCAUCCUGUGAGACCAACCCAAGUUAUUUUAAGCUUAUGCCGGAUUGACAAUGAGUAGUAGUGUGUACGACAAUACGUAAUGCAUGAAAAAAAAUGGCACAUAAACAAACCAGUAUCAAAUAUAAGGUUGACCUUGUCGUAAAGAGUAUCCAGCAUUUAUAAAGGACAUGUAACGAUCACUUCUGAUUGAAAUUAAGAAUUACUUUUUACAUCGUUUAAGCAAUUUUUUCUUUGUUAAAAAUAAAUUCUAUUUCAAAUAUUUAAAACUAGUCACGAGGAAAGAAAAGAAAGAUGCAAAUAAAUACGCAUUUCUUUUUUUUGAUUUUCAUAAUCAAACUUUUGUGUAUUGGAUAACAAUUGAAAUUAUUGUCAAUCUUGAAUGCUAGCACAGCAAUUACGUAAUAGUUCAUUUAAUUAUAACCAUAGAAAAUGUGUAAAAGACUGUUCGAAUAAAGUUGUCAUCUUCUUCUCUUUCGA